CCGAUUUGACACUUCUAGGUUAUGUAGUUUGAAAAAUUUUUAUUUUAUUUUCGUCCAAAAACGCGAUAAUUGCGUCGUUUUUCGUUGCGUUUCGAAUCGGUUUACCAUGUGUGAGGUACCGGGGCUCCAAUGCGGGUUCAUUUCACGUGAUAAAAGCAAUAAUUCGUUCGUAAGUGCCAAUACAAACAAAUCCUGAAUUUCGCAAAGCGAUGACUAUGGAAAGCAAUUCUCACAAAUUCAAACAGAAAAAGUCGCUCUCCCGGUACCUCCUCCCCAACAAAAUCCCAAACAAAGUCGGUGUUGCAGUGAACCGUAGUCAAAGUGCCCGCGAGCCGAGAACCGAGCAUGAAGAGGGCCCCCCGAAGCGCUCGAUGACGAUAUCCAAGCGCCCCUUGAGUCUCAACGUCGCCAACAUGAGCCCCACCAAGGACCCCUCGAAUUUCCUGCAAAUAAACUCGCCCCUGGACCGGGGCACAAGCGUCUCGGAGAACAACGUAGCCGACGCGAGUCUCACCGACGACAACGUUUUAAUGGAGAAAAGCAUCUCACAUGAAAGCGUCAUGAAAGAAGCACAGGUUUUGUAUUUGAUUCCGACGAUGCAAGCCCGCCAGCGCAAUUUCCUGCAAGGGAAAAUCGGGGCCAACUCCCUGCUGGGCCCCCGGGAGCUGGAGCGGGUGUUCCCCAAUCGCGAAGUCACGAUUUUUGUCGGCACCUGGAACAUGAACGGGCAUACGCCCCCCAAGGAAUUGAACGACUUUGUGCUUCCCAUUGGCAUCAAACACGUACCUGAUAUUCUAGUUUUCGGGACUCAGGAGUCUUGUUCCGAGAGGUUUGAAUGGGAGGUUUGCCUCCAGGAGACUCUCGGACCCUCGCAUAUCUUGUAUCAUUCCAUAUCAUUAGGCACUCUCCACUUGGCGGUUUUCGUCCGCCGCGACCUCAUCUGGUACAUAUCGAUCCCCGAAGACGCCUCUCUGUCCGUCCGGCCAGGGACGGCGUUCCGCACCAAGGGGGCGGUGGCUUGCUCGUUCCUCCUCUUCGGCACCUCCUUCCUCUUCGUCACCGCCCACUUGACCGCCCACCAGGAGAAGGUGAAAGAGCGCGUCUCCGACGUGCGCAAAAUUGUCAAUUCGCUCGACUUACCCAAAGUCAUGCCCUGUAAAAACAAAAGCAAGGACGUCACCCAAAAUUUUGAUUACGUUUUCUGGUCCGGAGACUUGAAUUUCCGGUUGGCCACGCCCCGGAGUAAGGUUCUGGAGUGGUUGUCGAAGACAAGUUUCCCGCUACCGGAGCAUCUGCCCCACGGGUAUUUACACCACGAUCAGUUGUGUUCGGUUUUGGCGGAUGGGGCGGCGUUUAAGGGAUUUACCGAAGCGAAAAUCACUUUUCCUCCGACUUAUAAAUACGACCCUGGGACGCAAAAUUUUGACACUUCUUCCAAGCAGAGAACGCCGGCGUAUACCGAUCGGAUUUUGUUUAAGCAUAGGGCGGGGCGAAGGUUUAGUGGACAGAUGGAGACUCCGCCCCUCCAGUGUCUGGUCUAUGAUUCGGUUUCUUCCAUCACGACGUCGGAUCAUAAGCCGGUGUGGGGCGUGUUUAAGGCGCAUUUGAGGCCGGGCUUGGAUACGAUACCGUUAGCCGCCGGUUUGUUCCAUAGAGAUGUUUAUUUGGAAGGUUUGAAACGUCGAGCGACUUUAAAUGAUUCCAAAGGCGCCACAGCUGUGUGUUGUAUACAAUAAAUGACCAGUCCUAGUCUAAGUGUCACACAUGCCUUCUACUAAGUGUACCUAUCUACUGUUCUAGUCAGCAAUAUUAGCACAAGGUUUUUUGGUUAUGUUCUAGUCAAUUUUUAGUCAUUGUUGAUUUUUAUUUAUUUAUUGUUAAAAAUAGAGUAGAUUUUAUGUACCCUUUAUGCUACAGGGUGACCAAAUAUUUUCAAAAAAAUUUGGUACAAACUACGCCUUUUCAAACUCAGUGAUAUUCUUAUAUCAGACUAAAUUUUCGAAAGUAUUUUUUCAUUCCGUCUCCGGAUCACUUCAUUGUGAUUCUUGUUACUAUUUGUUGGAAAUCCUAAUAAAUCUAUUCAUUGAA